ACAAGGCGGACAAGGUUGACAACUCACGUGGGAGUUAUAUCUUUCGUUUCAAAUUAGUGGUUGGAAAUGGAGUCAUAAAUAUUGAAAUGGCGAAUACAGGGGUGUUGCCGUUUGUUCGAGGAGUUGAUUUUACGAGUAAUGAUUUUAGUGAUGGAAAGUUCCCUGAUGCAGUGCGAUUGAUGACAGGUGUUCAGUGGCUGAAACUGGACAAGACAAACUUAACACAGAUACCGGAAGAACUGGGGAAGUUACUGAAAUUGGAACAUCUGUCACUGGUACGAAAUGAUCUUGAACGAUUGUACGGGGAACUAACCGAACUUGGUUGCCUACGGACGCUCAAUAUCCGCCAUAACCGAGUAAAGAGUUCAGGAAUUCCAGCAGAGCUGUUUCGUUUAGAGGAACUGACCACUCUUGAUUUGAGCCACAACAACCUUAAAGAAGUUCCAGAAGGACUAGAGCGAGCAAGAGCUCUGCUGGUUUUGAAUCUGAGUCACAACCACAUUGAUUCAAUUCCAAAUGCACUCUUCAUGCACUUGACGGAUUUACUCUUCCUGGAUCUGAGUUCGAACAGUCUGGAAACUUUGCCACCUCAGACCAGAAGGUUGGCCAACUUGCAGACAUUGAUACUCAACCACAAUCCACUGGGGCAUUUUCAACUCAGACAGUUACCAUCUUUGAUGAAUUUGGAAACGCUCCAUAUGCGUGAUACACAGCGCACUCUAAACAACAUUCCAGGAAACAUGGAUAGCCUUACAAACUUGACAGAACUGGACUUGGCACAAAAUGCAUUACCCAAAGUUCCUGAAGCUCUGUAUUCAUUACGAAAUUUAUGUAGACUGAACUUAAGUGAUAAUGAAAUCACAGAGCUGUCCCAGGCAAUAGAAUUUUGGCAGCACCUGAAGACUCUAAACCUUUGCCGCAAUAAACUGACAGCAUUGCCAGCAUCCUUGUGCAAGGUCAUGACCUUGUGUCGGCUCUAUGUCAAUGACAAUCAACUGGAUUUUGAGGGGAUUCCAUCAGGCAUUGGCAAGUUAAGUAACUUGGAAGUGUUCUCUGCAGCAAACAACCAGCUGGAAAUGAUUCCUGAGGGAUUGUGCAGGUGUGGGUCAUUGAAGAAGUUAAUCUUGACAGCAAAUCGCUUGAUAACUCUACCAGAUGCAAUCCAUCUUCUUACUGAUCUUGACGUGCUCGAUCUUCGAGAUAAUCCUGAACUUGUGAUGCCACCAAAGCCAACAGAAGUACAACGAGGGUCAGGAAUUGAGUUCUAUAAUAUUGACUUUUCUCUUCAGCAUCAGCUACGACUGGCUGGUGCUAAUGUUCCUGUACCAGCUCCUUCAAACAAUCUGAGCAAGGAUCCAAUAGCUCGCAAGAUGCGCUUGCGCCGAGGUCGACGUGAUCAGGAAGAGGCUGACCAAGAUCAAGCAAAAAUCCUGAAAGGAAUGAAAGACAUUGCGAAAGAUAAGAACAAGCAAAAGACAGCAGAGGAAGUGAAAGCUGAGUCCUUGAAACCGAAGAGAUGGGAUGAAACGCUUGAGAAACCUCCACUUGACUACUCUGAGUUCUUUGAUGAUGAUGCCGGUCAGAUCCCAGGACUUUCCAUCUGGGAAAUUGAAAAUUUCCUUCCUAACCAAAUUGAGGAGGCAGCACAUGGAAAAUUUUAUGAGGGUGACUGUUACAUAAUCCUUAAGACCUCUGUUGAUGAUACUGGGUCUCUUGCAUGGCAGAUCUACUUUUGGAUUGGUGACAGGGCAACACUGGACAAAAGGGCCUGUGCAGCUAUACAUGCCGUAAACUUGCGUAACUACCUGGGUGCGCAGUGCCGGACAAUCCGGGAAGAACAAGGCGAUGAAUCCGACGAGUUCCUCGGUCUCUUUGACACAGAUAUUGCCUACAUUGAAGGUGGUCGCACUUCCAGUGGGUUCUUCACUGUUGAAGAUAUGACCUACGUGACUCGCCUGUAUCGAGUACAUGCUUCAGGUUGCUCUUCCAUUCAUCUUGAGCCUGUCCCAGUUUCUGUUGAGUCUCUGGAUCCACGAUUUGUAUUUGUGCUUGACACCGGUCUCAAGAUCUUUAUGUGGUAUGGCAAGAAAUCAAAGAACACCUUGAAAUCAAAAGCCAGGCUUAUGGCUGAGAAGAUCAAUAAGAAUGAACGCAAGAAUAAAGCAGAGAUAAUUACAGAAAUGCCGGGUGAUGAAAGUUCAGACUUUUGGAAGGUUCUGGGUGAUGAAGAUGGAAUGCCACCUGAUGACCCUAUUGUGGAACAUGUUGAUGCAGACUUCAUGCCAGCCAUGCCAAGAUUAUACCAAGUGAGACUGGGCAUGGGGUAUUUGGAGUUGCCGCAAGUGGAGGUCCCCCACAGCAAAAUGGUUAACACUGUUCUCAAUAAUCGCAACGUUUAUAUCCUUGACUGUUAUCUUGAUGUGUUUGUAUGGUUUGGUAAAAAGUCGACACGUCUGGUAAGAGCUGCAGCAGUAAAAUUGUCACAAGAACUGUUCACUAUGAUAGACCGGCCCGAGUAUGCCCUAGUCACAAGAGUGCAGGAAGGUACAGAAACACAGAUGUUCAAGUCAAAAUUUAGUGGAUGGGAUGAAGUAAUUGCUGUAGAUUUCACACGCACUGCUGAAUCUGUCCAGAAGACUGGCGCAGAUCUCACAAAAUGGGCCCGUCAACAGGAAACAAAGGCAGAUCUGGCAGCUCUCUUCACUCCACGACAACCACCGAUGUCAGCAUCUGAGGCCCAGCAGCUAAGCGAAGAGUGGAAUGAAGAUCUGGAGGCCAUGGAAUCUUUCGUGCUUGAAGGCAAGAAGUUUGUGAGACUGCCGGAAGAGGAAUUAGGCCAUUUCUACAGUCACGAUUGCUACGUUUUUCUUUGUCGCUAUUGGGUGCCUAUUGAUGUACCAGAUGAUGCAAAUGGAGAAGCAGAAACAGAACCAGAGCAGUUGGAGGAUGACUACCAGUGCAUUGUGUACUUCUGGCAGGGUAGAGAGGCCUCCAAUAUGGGGUGGCUCAACUUUACUUUCAGCCUUCAGAAGAAGUUCAAGUCAUUAUUUGGAGAGAAACUGGAAGUUGUACGAACACAUCAGCAGCAGGAGAACCUCAAAUUUAUGGCACAUUUCAAGCGGAAGUUUGUCAUUCACCAGGGCAGGCGAAAGGAGGCAGUGCCACGAGAUGGUCCACCUCCAGUUGAGUUUUACCAUCUUCGAUCCAAUGGGAGUGCUCUGUGCACUCGUCUCAUACAGAUAAAACCAGAUGCUGCUGCCCUGAACUCUGCCUUCACAUAUAUUCUGAAAGUUCCGUUCGAUAAUGAAGAGUCAUCUGGAAUAGUUUAUGUUUGGAUCGGAUCCAAAGCAGAUCCGGAUGAGGCGCGACUAAUACAGGAGAUAGCAGAGGAGAUGUUCAAUAAUCCAUGGAUCGGCUUUCAGACACUCAAUGAGGGUGAGGAGCCAGAUAAUUUCUUUUGGUUGGCCCUUGGUGGCCGGAAGGAAUAUGAUAAAGAAGCUGAUUUUAUGAACUACACACGUCUAUUCCGAUGUUCUAAUGAAAAGGGAUAUUUCACAGUUUCUGAGAAGUGUUCUGACUUUUGCCAGGAUGAUUUAGCUGAUGAUGAUAUCAUGUUGCUGGACAAUGGUGAACAGGUGUUCUUGUGGCUUGGUGCCAAAUGCAGUGAAGUGGAGAUCAAACUUGCCUACAAAUCUGCCCAAGUAUACAUCCAGCAUUUGCGAGUAAAACAGCCAGAUAAAGCUCGCAAACUCUUCCUCACAUUGAAAAAUAAGGAAUCAAGGAGAUUUACAAAAUGUUUCCAUGGUUGGGGGCCCCACAAAAGACCACCUGAAUAAUUAAAGAAAAGUGGAAGUGUACAGAUUGUGGUGGGAGUUUUCAUGAUUUAUCAGUAUUUCUGUAGAUUCUUUCAGUGCAGUCAUAGUGUGCCAUGUGGGAAUGGCAUUUUCAGUGAACAUGAAACUUCUAAGCACAAAUGUGUUAUGCGCACCUUUAUAAGGUUAUUCAUUGUGAAAAUAAGUAUUUCAAGGAUACACAGAAGUGAAUAUCUCGGAUUUAUGAAUAUUAUCAGUAACAGGUUUAUAAAAUUUAAAUUCCUUUUUGUGUACUCAUGGUACAUAUAUGAGGGUUGUUCAGAUGAAAUGUGUUCAUGCAUUCAGCCAGGCCACAAGGAUAUAAUGGAUCCAACAGCAGCCCAGGGGGUUCUUGGCAAAGGGGAUCCAUCAGCUGGUGUGUUAGUCAGAGGAUGACUACCAUAGUGUCCACUGGGACUAUUUAAUGACUUCUGUUUCUUCACCAAGAACAGUCUUUGAAUGGGUUUCAUUUAAACAACCCUAAUAUAUACAGUAUAGUUAACAUUUUUUGGAAGCCAGUAUGCCAAUGAAAACUGUAAGAAAUUGAUGAAAAUAAUUCUAAAUAUUUAUUUAAAAUGCAGUUUGAAUAGAUGAGAAAAAUAUGUGGUUUCAAACUUCAAAAUUUAGUUGGUAUUCAGUUUUCUUGAUUGCUGCGUAGGAAUUAGUGUGGGCAAUAAUUGUGCAGUGCCUGGAAGUAACAAUUUUUAUAUUUAUAUAUGCCUCCAGGAUGACAUAAAAUUUAAACAAUACUUGUCUUUUUAUACUCUUUGUAUGUCCUUGCAACUGUGGCAAACAAAACAAUAUGUAGAUUUGUUCAAAUUUAAUGUUUUCAGUUUUACUGUAUGGGAAUGGCAUGUUGUAUGUAAAUAUUUAAGGUCACCUCCAAAAAGAGGAGACUUGUGUUCACAUG